AUGCUGCGCCGACGCCGACAUCCUUGUGCAGAUCGCCGACGCAGUGCGCUAUUUAGAGCCAAUAUACCGGGGGACUGGCGGGGCCAAUCCAGAUCUGGCACUGGUAACCAUAUCUCCGCUCGUGCGACCAUUUCUCCGACCGUUGCAGCGGCGGAUCUUCUAGUGCACCGCUUGUGCGCCGUUCGCCGUCACCCCGAUGCGGCCUCGUGUCAUCUUGGGAUUACGGACACGAGAUCGGGCCGCGGAUUUCGAAAAGAGCCCUGCGUGUGUAUCAUUGGACGCUUCCUUCUGGACUUUUGUGUCGCUCUACAGCAGCGAUCUCCAGAUUCUGUGGUAACGUCUGCAGUCUAUCAUACUCGCGGCGACCGCAAGCGACCUCAGGGCGAGUCUAAGAGUCUAAACUCCCAAUCGCGUGUGAUCAUGGAACCCAAUCCAGGGUUGAUUCAAGAUUGUCCCCAAGACUACCCGAAUUCCACGCCUCUGGUCCUCUUCCACGAUGGCGGUGGAACCACCAUAUCCUACUAUCAUAUCGGGCCGCUCAAUCGAACUGUCUACGGCAUCGCUGAUCCCCAUUUCUUUACUGGACGGGCUUGGUCCGGGCUUCCCCGAAUGGCGCGUAUCUAUGCGAACCUCAUCCAGUCUACCGUGAAGUCUGCGCGAGUCUUUCUGGGCGGUUGGUCGCUGGGGGGGUUUAUCGCACUUGAGGUGGCACAAAUCUUGCAGUCGAAGGACUUGUUCCACGUGGUGGGCGUGGUGAUGAUCGACAGCCCCUACCCUCAUGGUUCUGUUCCCGAUGCCCUGGCCCCAGUCCUGGCCCCACCGCGACCGUUCUUCCACUCCCACUGUGCUCCCGAGACCAGAAUGCUGGUCUCGCAGUCGAUGAAGCGGGCCCGCAGACUCGUUGACAAAUGGACGGUCCCUGACUGGAGUCCGUCCCCCGACACCCCGGAAGCACGUGGGCCGCUGCCGGUCGUGCUCCUCCGCUGCAAGGAAUAUGUGCCACACGACAGGCCACAGGAUGGAGUUACCUCCCUGGUCUCCGUUGAUCGGUGGAGGCAUAUGCGCCUGCUGUGGGAGGGAUCCGGAGGUUUGGUUCGCACCGUCCUGGACAUCCCUGGCCACCACUUUAAUGUCAUGUGGGAGGAAAACGUAAGAUUCAUGUCUCCCAUCGCUUACGGCCCAAUUUGCUUACUGGAUUAUCUACAACAGCUGGAACCCCUGACAACCCAGCUGAAGUUCGCAUGCAAAAUGCUGGACUUUUCCAUGGUCAAAUAG